CUCUCAAAUUCCGCCAUUUUUUUCAUUUCUCUCCAGCGGAAAAAUGGCACCUCCUUAAUUUAGUCUUCAUUUUCUCAAAUUCCUUCCAACUUCUUCUUCUUCUUCUUCUUCUUCAAAUUCCUCUUCACUUCCAAAAAACAAAAAGAGAAGAAAAUAAUAACAAAAAUUUGCACUCAGUCUCACAGCAGAGCUAGGGUUCUACUUCGAAGUCAGUAAAGAAGAAAUUUUUUAGUUGUGGACUCUUGUGAGAAAGAGUCGUCAUCAUGUAUAUAAAGCAGGUUGUAAUCGAAGGGUUUAAGAGUUACCGUGAGCAAAUUGCUACUGAGCCCUUCAGUCCGAAAGUUAACUGCGUUGUUGGUGCUAAUGGCUCUGGCAAGUCUAAUUUUUUCCACGCCAUUCGAUUUGUCAUAAGCGAUUUGUUCCAUAACUUGCGGUCAGAAGAAAGGCAAGCUUUGCUUCAUGAAGGUGCUGGACACCAGGUGGUAUCUGCUUUUGUGGAGAUUGUGUUUGACAACUCUGACAAUCGUUUUCCGGUAGAUAAAGAGGAGGUUCGGUUGAGGAGAACAAUUGGCCUUAAGAAAGAUGAAUACUUCUUGGAUGCAAAACAUAUCACAAAGACAGAAGUAAUGAAUUUGCUGGAAAGUGCUGGAUUCUCUCGAUCUAAUCCUUACUAUGUCGUGCAGCAGGGGAAAAUUGCGUCAUUGACGUUAAUGAAAGAUGCAGAACGACUUGAUCUGCUGAAGGAAAUUGGUGGGACACGGGUAUAUGAAGAGAGACGUCGUGAAAGUUUGAAAAUCAUGCAAGAAACUGGUAAUAAGAGAAGGCAAAUUAUUCAAGUUGUCCAAUACUUGGACGAAAGAUUGAGAGAACUAGAUGAAGAGAAAGAGGAAUUGAAAAAAUAUCAGCAACUGGACAAGCAACGUAAAUCUCUGGAGUACACUAUAUUCGACAAAGAACUUCAUGAUGCCCGGCAGAAGCUGAUGGAGAUAGAAGAUGCUCGUAACCGGGGUUCUGAAGCAUCAACUAAGUUGCAUAACAGUUUGUCCGAUGCCCAUGAGAAGGCCAAGGAGUUAGACAGACUGUAUAAAGAUUUAACAAAGGAAGUUCAGAUCUUAAGUAAAGAGAAAGAAGCAAUAGACAAACAACGCACAGAAGCCAUCCAAAAGCGUGCAAAACUCGAGCUUGAUGACAAUGAUCUUCAAGAGAGAAUAUCUACUAAUAUAAAGGCAAAGGAGGAUGCAGCUAAGCAGCUUGAAAUUCUGGAGAAAGAAAUUCAGGAAUCUACUAAUGAGCUGAACAAGAUGAAGCCUCUGUACGAAGGCCAAGUCAAAGAGGAGGAGGAAAUAACCAGAGGAAUUAUGGAACGUGAAAAGCAGCUUAGCAUUCUUUACCAAAAACAAGGCCGUGCGACCCAGUUUGCUAGCAAAGCUGCUCGUGACAAGUGGCUUCAGAAGGAAAUUGAUGAGUAUGAGAGAGUUCUUGCUUCAAACUUAACACAGGAGAGAAAACUGAAUGAUGAAAUCAAUCAACUUAGAAAAGAUUUGGAGGAACAGGAUGCCUAUGUACUUGGUCGAAAAAAUGAAGCAGCUGCAUUAGAAAAUCUUGUGUCUGGAUAUCGAGAAGUUUGCAGCCGAUACAAAGUGGAGAGGGAUAAGUUGCAUGCAGAGCGGAAGUCUUUGUGGGAAAAAGAAAGUGAACUUUCUUCUGAGAUAGAAAGGCUUCAAUCUGAAGUUAUGAAGGCAGAAAAAAGCCUAGAUCAUGCAACCCCUGGUGAUAUAAGAAGGGGUCUGAAUUCUAUUCGGGGAAUAAUCAGGGAACAUAAAAUAUCUGGGGUACUUGGGCCCAUUGUUGAGCUGGUUGAAUGUGAUGAAAAGUUCUUCACAGCUGUCGAAGUUACAGCUGGAAACAGUUUAUUUCACGUGGUGGUUGAAAAUGACGAUAUAUCAACCCAGAUCAUUAGACAUCUUAAUGCACGGAAAGGUGGACGGGUUACAUUUAUACCUUUAAACAGGGUGAAAGCUCCCCAUAUUACUUACCCUCAGAGCUCUGAUGUUGUACCUCUCCUGAAUAAACUGAAAUUCUCUAGGGAUCAUGCCCCGGCAUUUGCUCAGGUGUUUGCAAGGACCGUAAUUUGCCGAGAUCUGGACGUUGCCACAAGGGUUGCCCGCACUGAUGGCCUGGACUGUAUUACUCUGGAAGGUGAUCAAGUUAGCAAAAAAGGCGGCAUGACUGGUGGAUAUUAUGACUAUAGACGCUCGAAACUGAAGUUCAUGAAUACCAUCAGACAGAAUGCAUUCUCUAUUACACUGAAGCAGGAAGAACUGGAAGGCUUAAAAUUUAAACUUCAAGAGAUUGACCAGAAAAUUAAUGAACUUGUUUCUGAGCAGCAGAAAAAUGAUGCCAAGGUUGCUCAUGAUAAAUCUGAAUUAGAACAGUUGAGGCAGGAUAUUGGUAUUGUUGAUAAACAGAAACAAUCCAUUUUGAAAUCUCUCGAGAAGAAGGAGAAGCUACUUUCAAAUAUUUUGACUCAAAUAGAUCAACUUAGGGGCAGUAUUGCUGUGAAGCAAGAUGAGAUGGGAACUGAACUUGUUGAUCACUUGACACCAGAGGAGAAAGAUUCCCUGUCUAGGCUGAACCCUGAAAUAACAAGUCUGAAGGAAAAGCUUAUUGCCUGUAGAUCCAAUCGCAUAGAGACGGAAACUAGAAAAGCUGAGCUUGAGAUGAAUCUCUCUACAAACCUGGUGAGGCGGAAACAAGAGUUGGAGGCUGUAAAAUUGUCUGCCGAGGCAGAUAUGUUGCAUAAUGAGGCUGAAAUGAAGAGGCAGGAUCUAGUGGAGGCCAGUAUACUAGUUGAAAAUUUAACACAACAGCAAAAAAGAGUUUCUCAAAGUAUCAAUGAACGAAACAAGAAAAUCAAGGACAUUAAAGAUGAAAAAGAUAGCAUAAAGGCUCUCGAAGAUAAAUAUCAGAGCACCCUUCAAGAUGAAGCUAAAGAACUAGAACAACUAUUAAGUAAAAGAAAUACUUAUAUUGCCAAACAAGAAGAAUACUCGAAGAAAAUCCGUGAAUUGGGUCCUUUGUCUUCAGAUGCUUUUGAGAGGUAUAAAAGGAAGAACAUAAAAGAAUUGUAUAAGAUGCUUCACAGUUGUAAUGAGCAACUGCAACAGUUCAGCCAUGUGAACAAAAAAGCACUUGACCAAUAUGUAAAUUUCACAGAGCAACGAGAAGAGCUCCAAAAGCGGCAAGCUGAAUUGGAUGCUGGGGAUGAGAAAAUUAAAGAACUUAUAACCUCUCUGGACAUGAGAAAGGAUGAAUCAAUUGAGCGGACCUUUAAAGGUGUGGCAAAACAUUUCCGAGAAGUGUUUUCUGAACUGGUCCAAGGAGGCCGUGGAUUUUUGAUCAUGAUGAAGAAGAAGGAUGGAGAUGAAGAUGAUAACGACAAUGAUGAGGAUGGCCCUCGUGCAGCUGAUAUGGAGGGAAGAGUUGAGAAAUAUACAGGCGUUAAAGUCAAGGUUUCCUUCACUGGGAUUGGGGAGACGCAGUCGAUGAAACAGUUAUCCGGGGGUCAAAAAACUGUGGUUGCACUAGCACUUAUAUUUGCUAUACAACGAUGUGAUCCUGCCCCGUUUUAUCUCUUUGAUGAGAUAGAUGCUGCACUGGAUCCUCAGUACAGAACAGCUGUUGGAAAUAUGGUAAGGCGUAUGGCAGACAUGGCAAGUACGCAGUUCAUUACCACAACGUUCCGUCCAGAGCUAGUGAAAGUUGCUGACAAAAUAUAUGGUGUGACACACAAAAAUAGAGUUAGUCGUGUUAAUGUUGUGACCAAGGAUGAAGCUUUAGAUUUUAUUGAGCAUGAUCAAUCUCAUAAUGCUGAGUGAGUGGCCCGGUAGAUGUGUUGUAUUGAUUUUGCAGUUGCAGUGUUCCUGGUAGAUGGUUUGGAGUAUAGGGCUGUUGUAACUUCUAUCUAGUCAAAGUUUAGUCCAUAGUAUGGAUUCGGCUGAUGUACAUGUUUGACUCCCAAUUCUUCUCUGCUUGGGGUAUUGUAUCUGAAUGCACUUGAUUAGUAUAUUGCUUUGUCGUUGUCCGGAUAGAUUUCUCUCUCA